AUGCCGCUAUUGGAUCCCCGCGAGGUGCUGUUGCGGCGUGGCAUCCCUAUACCAGCUGCUGCCUCCUUCCAUGUCCCCGGUCUUCCGGAUCUUCAUGCGGAAUCUUCGUCUUCAACCGCUCUCGCACAUCCGUUGCAGAUGUCAGCAGGCUAUCUGCCAGCUCGACCCAUAGAAGCCGACGGUCAGCCCAAAGACAAUGCACAUCUUUUCUUUCUUCUGCUACGAGCACGACAUGUGCCCGCAAAGCGCAAGCUCAUUAUUUGGUUCAAUGGAGGUCCCGGUUGCUCCUCGUUUGACGGUGCUAUGAUGGAGGUGGGCGCUUGGAGAAUGGACGGCAAAGGCGGUCUUGUGUGGGUCAAGGACGGUGCAAGCUGGAACGAGUAUGCCGACAUUCUUUUCCUCGAUCAGCCCGCGGGCACCGGUUUCAGCUAUGUCAACACCAAUGCAUACACCAAGUCUUUACCGCAGGCUGCCGAUGAAGUAGUGCAUUUUCUGGAGCAGUUCGUCCAAGUCUAUCCCGAAUACUCACGCGACGUCGAGCUUGAAUACGGCAGUCAGGGCAGCGGUGUCGAUGUUUACUUGGCUGGAGAGAGCUUCGCUGGCCAGUACAUCCCUUACACAGCCAAAGCCAUCGUCAAGUCGCCCAAGCCACCCGUCUCUCUCAAAGGCAUCGCCAUCGGAAACGGCUUUAUCGAUCCCAAGAGUCAGUACGGCACCGAGCUCGAGACUAUGGUGCAAAAAAACAUUUGGACCACUUCGUCGGGCGAAUACAAGCACGUCGCUGGCCUCGUCAAAGCCUGUCACGAAGAGCUCGACAAGAGCAACCAGCGCGAGAUUGGCAAGUGCGAGUUGAUCCUCCAGACCAUCAUUGCUAGUACUACCACCAAAACGCAAGGAGCGUCGGGCUAUACGUGCAUCAAUGUCUAUGACGUGCGUCUCAGCGACUCUUCGCCAGCGUGUGGCAUGAAUUGGCCAACAACGCUCCCCGCAAUGUAUGACUAUCUGCGGCGUCCAGAUGUGCGCAAAGCAUUGCACGUCGAUGAGCAUCAUAAACCCGAGGCGUGGGUGGAAUGCAAUGCUAAUGUGGGUUCUGCGAUGCGAACCGAUACUACUUCGCCACCCUCGGUGCAGCUGUUACCCGAGUUGCUCGACAGCGGAGUCAAGGUAUUGCUGUUCGCGGGAGAGGAAGAUCUCAUCUGCAAUGCCAUUGGUGUGCAGCGCGCAGCUGAAAACCUUGAGUGGGGAGGAGCCAAAGGCUUCGACGACAAGCAGCCGGCGCAAGACUGGUACGUUAAUGGCACACACGCCGGCACAUGGCGUACCGCGAGGAAUUUGACCUACGUCGGAAUUAAGGGUGCCAGUCACAUGGUGGGUGUAGACAAGCCGAUCGAAAGCCAUGACAUGAUAGUGCGCUUCAUGGGUAUCGACUAUAUGAAAGUCGCUGGUCCUAAUGCCCUCAUCCCAUCGCGCGUGGGAAACGAACCCGAUCGAGUGCUGAUCACUGGCGGGGGUGGCGGAAUUGCCCAGAUCGGCAAGGAUGGUUCUCGCGUCAUCCCUGGAUCAGGCAAGACAGAAGAAGAGGUAGCAGAGGAAGCCAGAUGGAGAGCGUACUACGAUGCUGGCUCGUUUGCGCUUAUGGUGCUGCUCAUUGCCGUAGGUAUUGGUACAUGGUUGUUGCUGCGAGCACGAAAGCAACGUCGCCUGAACAGGAAUCGUAUCGGUCGAGGUGGCGCGCUGCGUCUUGCAACCACCACCGAGCUUGGUGCUUCUCGCAGCACCACUGGCAACGGCGACACCGACGAAACCAGCAACAACCACGAGCUCGAACGGCUCGUUGGCGGCAAGCAUGUCGAAGAUGACGAUGAUGAUGUGGAAGAACAUAUAUUUAAUGUUGGGGACGAAGAUUUGAGUGAUAGCAAUGGCGAGAAUGGACCGCCUGUGGUCAAGGCUCGUCAUACCGGGUCACAGCGUUAA